AUGCCCUCCUCUGGCCUCGUGCUCACCGGCGGCCAAAGGCAACCCGAUCACACGGCACAGCUCAGGAAUCGUCUCUGGAAGAACGUGGCCAGCAGCACACUUGACAAUAUCUUUUGCAUUCCUUUGGCACAAAAGCCGGGUGACUAUGACGAAGUUCCACUACAGGGCACACAAUACAAAGUAGAUGAUGAAUGCCGGCGAAAGCUCCAGGCUGCCCUUGGAGAACCAUGCGGCGCCUUCCCUCCGACGGACGUCCUAAACCAAGGGUUGGAUCUGUUCAUUCGCCAGUUUCACCCUGCAGUACCCUUUAUCCAUCUUCCGACAUUUUCGGCGAAGGAUGCCCCCCCGCUGCUCCUGUACACAAUGUGUCUCACUGGCAUGGUCGUGCUGGGGACCAAAGAGGCCCUCAACUUCGUCCGUAUGAGUUAUUUGCCCUUCUUGAGCCGAAUCAAGGCUGAAUUGGACAAAUGCUCUGCCUCUGCUGGUAAUGACAGCACACCGGGCACCUUGUCAAUCUUUGCAACCGCCUUUCUUCUCUUGAAUAUGGUGGUUUUUACAAAAGAAUAUAUCGAGAAAAGCACAAUGCUUUGGGUUGAUUUGAUCUCGAUCGCACAAUAUCAUGGCCUUUUUGCUUCCAUCGAUGGUCAAAUACUCAAUAUGAAUCUGUGGAAAACAAUCCAGGACCGCGAUGCCAGAUGGAAGGCCUGGGGCAGAGUCGAAUCUGUAAAGCGCAUGAUCGUCGGUCUCUUGUUGCUAGACUCCUGGUACUCGUGGCAUUUGUGUCGGACGCCCAUCAUCACGCCUGGGUCCGUUCAGUUCAUUCCUCCGUACAAUCAAAUUCUAUUCAUGGCCGACACCUCUGCGGAGUGGGAGCUCAUCGAUGGCGGAAACAACCUUCUGCUGCCAAUCGUGCUGACUCCGUUGGAGAGCAUCAAGGUUCCCUUGUUAAGCAACCCAGUAGACGGCAUCUGCAUGUACGGGGUAUUGGCCAUGAUACAGCUCCGGCAGUCGGAGGCCUACCAUCGCUUACUGCUCAACCGUGCCAGCCAGCCUUUUAUUCCAUGUUACGUAUUCGCGACAGACGGCCGCGCGCGAUGUUUGCUAUCGCUGCAGAUCCAAAUUGCUCACCAGUACAGUGACGUCCUGGAGCAGUUAAAUCCCAACGUCACGAUCAUGUGGCACACCAUGUGCAUGUCCCUCACGGCCGAUCUACAGCUCUUCAUUCGGGCUUCUGAAAGAGACGUGCCCACUCCCGUGCGUAAGACCUCCCUCAGACAGAUCAAAGAAUGGUCGCAAACACCGGCAGCCCGACGGGCCUGUUUGCACGCGGCGCACAUCUACAAAGCCAUCCACAAAGCUAUCGCGAACGACGUGGGCCCCAAACACCUGCUGUUUCACUCGGAAUCUUCUUUCUUCAUCGCGGCGCUGGUAUUGGCGCUCUACAAGCUCACUGUGCCCGAGCCCAGGGCUCCGCCAGCCGGCAGCACAUCUAUCGAACUGUUGAACGAUCUUCGGUGGCCGACCCUGGGCACGGAGUGCUUUGUUAGCAUUGUAAACCCCGAGCCGUCGGACAAUCUGGCAAUCAACUUCAUCCGCAACAGUGGCACGGUGUCCAUGGGCGGCGUGCCUCUCCCGAGCGGCAGCCUGUCGGCACGACACAUUUUGAGAAUGUAUGAGAGACUUUUCGAAAAGUCAGCGAAGUGGAACGUGGGGAAUCUUUUGCGCGGGCUUCGUCUUUUCCAUGAUGAUCUGUUUGGUACUGAGUUAUUAUCUUGGGAUACGGGUGCGAUCGACUAGAAUCAUGUCUAUUUGUAGUCCCAAGGGUCUUUACGAGAGCCAAUUAUUUAUACUGGGAUAUCAGAAGCUGGUCUUUGGACGAGAGAGAUCCCUAUUGGCGUUUUUAGAAUUGUUUCCCUCGUUUUCACAGGCUGUACCCUGGCUAUCAGACACUGGACAUUAUAUUCAUAUACGUCAUUACUCUUGAUCAAUACACAUACAGACACUGCUAGUGAUCUGGUAGAACCAUCACUAUUCUCGUCAAGGACUCAGAAUGCCAGAGAUGUUCCUUCCAGAGUGUCUAAGCUCGGCGGUACAUUCUUCAAAGCGAUAUCUCAUCUCAUCACAGUCCAUUACACGAAAAGAACAGGUUGGAAGCACUAAUGUCAUCAAGAAGGGGAAUCAACCCCUCUUGAUCUUUAUACUUCACCUGUCUAUAUAUCACGUGACGUGUCUGUAUGUCAUCCUGACGAAGCAACUCGCAAUGGAUGAAAAGUAU